GGGUUGAGAAAAAAAGAAAUGAAAACAUAAACUCCUUUUUAGCAUUCCAAAUAGAAAAAUGGAAAUCCCUAAUUCCUUCUUGUUUCCCUUGCUCUCACGUGCUCCCCCUUCUUCUUCUUCUUCUUCUACUUCUUCAUUUCACGCCGUCUCCCGUUCCCUUUCUACAGCUCAGCCGCGCCGCCGCUUCUCUUCCGUUCAGUUCUACCGCCGCCUUUCCUUCGCCUAAACCUCUAUUCUAGCAGACUACCGAAAUUUUGCCACCAGUGGUAAUUUGAAUCUAUUGGAAGUAAGAGCCGCGUUUUAGAUCAUAGCAAAGAAGAAAGAUGAACAAGGACAAGAUAUUUAAGCUAGCCAAGGGUUUUAGAGGCAGGGCCAAGAAUUGCAUAAGGAUUGCCAGAGAGCGAGUGGAGAAGGCUCUCCAAUAUUCAUACAGGGAUCGUCGGAACAAGAAACGGGACAUGCGCUCUCUUUGGAUACAACGCAUCAAUGCUGGCACACGCCUUCAUGGGGUGAAUUAUGGCAAUUUUAUGCAUGGGCUGAUGAAGGAGAACGUUCAACUAAAUAGAAAAGUAUUAUCAGAGCUCUCAAUGCACGAACCUUACAGUUUCAAGGCGCUGGUAGACAUCUCUCGUAAUGCAUUUCCUGGAAACAAGAAUGUAGUGUUUCCCCCCAAGAAAGAUGCUGCUUCCAUGAUUGUUUAAUGGACCGUUUAAGAGUCCUCUGGACCUCCAGUUAUAUAGAUACUGACUCGGGGUGUUGUCUGGCUUAUGAUCAUCUAGAGUUGAUGCUUGUUUUUAGCGUAGUUAUUUUUGUUACUGUUAUUGUAUUAAUUCUCCUAAUCUUGUCAGACACCGAAAUGCUUCUCCAUUUGAAAUGAUAAAAGUUUUCUUGGAUGUU